UCCACAAACCAAUGGGUGAUGUCAGGACGACUACGUCCACUUCUUAUGUACAGUCUAUGGCUGGGGAUCAGCCAUCACCACGUUGAGAGCCGUGGGGAGGCAAUAGAUAUGCUCUGAAUUGCAUAUGGAGAAAAUAAUAGUCCAGCCAAGAUCAAAGAUACAACACAUUUAAUAUGAUAUUGUUGUGCUUUCUUUCAGCAAUCCUCCCAAAGUCCAGAAUCUCCAUGAAUCCUGUCGGUGACGUUACCUGGGGUCAGAAUGUCGUCUUUACUUGUUCCAUCUCAACUCCCACUCAACAGCUUUCAAGUGCAACAUUUAUUUUGAAAAAGGCUUCAAGUUCAUUCGAAAAGACCCAAAUGUCAAGAACCAACUCUGCUACCUUCCGCAUGACUGAAGUCAACUUUAACAAUGAAGGAUCGUACCAGUGUCAGUACAACACCAYGGUUUCAAGACUAAACGUCAUCUCCCCCUUAAGUGACUCUGUCAGACUCUCUGUUACUGUGAGCCUCCCAAAGCCCAGCAUCUCCAUCAGUCCUGUUGGUGAGGUUACCUGGGGUCAGGACGCCGGCAUCACUUGUUUUAUCUCAACUCAGCAUUUAGGGGGAACAUUCAUUCUGCAGCAGACCUCAGGCUCAUUCAGAAAGACCCAAACAUCAAGUACCAACUCUGCUACGUUCAACAUCUUAAAAGUUAACUUUGGAAACGAAGGAUCAUACAAGUGUCUGUAUCAGAUAAAGGUUUCUCGUCGAGACUUCAGCUCCCCCUUAAGUGACUCUGUCAGACUCUCUGUUACUGUGCCGCUGCAGCAGCCCAGCAUCUCCCUGACGUCUCCUAACGGAGGGCUGGUCUGGGGCCCCGAGGGUGCCGAGGUCACCAGGGGUUACAGCUUUGUCUUCACCUGCUCCAUUUCCUCCCAUUAUCCCGGAGGUGUUUUCUCCCUCAUCUCCUCUGGCUCCGGCCUCAACAACACUAAGCCAGCAGUCAACCGCUCGGCCUCCUUUGACUUCCCUGUGGCAGAGUAUGAGCACCUGGGGAGCUACAGCUGUGUGUAUGAAGUCACACUGUCUGCACGGAGAUUCAAUUCCACCAUGACAGCCACGAUUACUGUCAUCAUCAAAAGUAAGUAGAGUGUAUUUAAACUAAGCGCUGCUAUAGUUCAGGGACAAUAGCUGAGUGAUGGUGGCCACUAUUUACUAUGUGUAGGUGAAUCAGCAACACAACCAUUUAUUAACGGUUUCAGUAAAACUUUCCAAUAAAACCGCAGCAGAUAGAGAAACAAUGAGCUGCAUGGCUUGUGCAUGUACCAACCAUAUAACAUAAUGACAUUUCAUGUCAAUUAAGAUUGGCCUCCAGAUAAAACAAGUCACAUAUCGUUAAGCAUGCAGUAGUGCUGCAGCAGUGGUAACCAUUGGACUAUUGCCCUCUAUUCAUCCCCCCAAAAGAAAAUUGGUGCAAAAAAAGACAGAGUGAUGUGUCCAUUACUGUUUUUAUCCAAGCACCCAGGAAGAGCGCCGGGCUUUGAAGAAAACUAUUUUCCAUAGUGGCCAAAAUAUGGAAUUACAAUUUCCGGGUCCAUCACGUGAUGCCAUGGGGCUCAAAAAGACUUCUUCCCAUAGACUUCAAUUAGAAAAGACACGUAUGUAACUCGUGGUUACAAAAAAAAAAAAAAAAGUAAAUCAAUGCAGGCCCAUUAGGCCUGCCUGGUGGUGUAAUGGCUAACACUCUUGACUCACUGCGUGGGUUCGAUUCCCGGGCUGGACGGCCCUUCUAUGUGGAGUUUGCAGGUCCUCUCCGGGUUCUCCGGCUUCCUCCUACAGUCUAAAGACCUGCAGCUUAG